UUUAUUAUAAAAGGCAACACAAUCUCGGACAAACAUAGUCAGUGUUAAAAAUCUAACGACUGGUGAAAAGCAGAGAAUUCGCUUAAGAAAUAAAACUUUAAACAUGGGUGUUUCAUCACUAGUGGCCAGUGUUGCCAUCAUACUUUUAGCAUUUAGCUUGCAAACGGCCUAUGCUGGCUACGAUGUUGCCAGCUACUGUCAACUUGUACCAACUGGCACUAAAUUUCCCAGUUUGAAAUCAUGCCAAAAGUAUUACAUCUGCCAAGACAAUGGCCAAGUAAUUAAAACCUCUUGUAGCGGUAGCGAUGUCUUUAGCAAAGAUAAACAAAAUUGUGUAUCUGCCUCUUCAGCGAAUUGUAAUAUUGAAACUCCUAAUCCAUGUAAGGGUAAGGAUCAAGUUUGGAUAUCAGAUCCUAAUGAUUGUCAUAGGUGGAUUUAUUGUACGAAGGAUGCAAUAUUUGCCAGUGGUGACUGUGCAUAUGGACAGUAUUUUAAUGUAACUGAAGAACUGUGUGUUGUUGGUGAUUGUCAAGAUAGUGAUGAACCUAUAGAGAUAAAAAAUAUAUGUCAGAUUAUGCAAGUUGGUCAAUUCUUUGGUGAUAUCGACGAUUGUGCCGCUUGGCAUGUUUGCUACGGAAACGAUGACACAGAAGGCCAAUGCACCAACGGAAUGAUCUACAAUGCCGAAAGACGCAUGUGUGUACCCAGUAAUGGCAAUAUGUGCGCUGGACCAACCGAAAACUGUAAUGAAACUGAACUGAACAAAAUAAUUCCCAACUCUGGUGUCUGUUCUAUUUACUUCGAAUGUACGGAAUCCGAUUCAAAAUAUAAGUGGAAUAAAAUUUCAUGUGAUAAUGGUGAAUAUUACGAUGUGAACACAAAAAAGUGCGAAAAUCGUCAAAAGGCUACACCGGUCGAAGGCUGUGAUCGUUGUGAAUUUUCCAAUGCAACUUUUGUAAAUUCUGUUGAUCCCACUUGCAUGGGGUAUAUAGCAUGUGAAGAUGGAAAGGAGAUUGUUAAGGGCACGUGUGUCAGCGGCUAUUUUAACGAAGAACAACAAAUAUGUACUAAUAAUGAUGAUGGUUUACCAGAUUAUAGAAAUAAAAAUGGUGCUUGUUACAUUGAAACAGCCACUACAACAGAAGAACCCUCUAAAGAAUCCACACCAGCGAAAACUGAUCCACAGGAAACUACACCAUCGAAGACGGAGCCAGCAACAACUGAGCCAGAGCAAACGACACCAACCAAAAAAGAGCCAGAGGAAACUACACCAGCAACAACUGAGCCAGGGGAAACGACACCAACGAAAAAAGAGCCAGAGGAAACUACACCAGCAACAACAGAGAAAGUGGAAACCACAGUAGCAACAACUGAGCCAGUGGAAACCACACCCGAAGAAAAAAACCCCGCUUUAGAUAACGAAACCACAAAAAAGCCACCAAAAAAAAAAACAACAACAAAAAAGCCAAAAACAACGAAGAAGCCAAAAACAACGAAGAAGCCAAAAAACUAAUUAAAAUUUAUUCAAACACUAAUUGUUGAAUAAAUUAUUAUUUUCUUUACGAAA